AUGGGUGCGGAUUGUUUGCAACCCGGAAAGCGUGGCCUCACGGUGUCGGUGGUAGUACUAGGUGGAGCCUGCCUGUCGGUGAUGCUAGCUUACCUGGUCUUUGGCGACAGUACGGAUGAAUCCGGUUUGCGGACACUCCGCAUGGUAAGCAUCAUAUUCCGCCAUGGUGAUCGUUCCCCGACCGAAUUCUACGUAAAUGAUCCGCAUAGAAACCAUGCCUGGACCGGUGGUUUGGGUGCCCUCUCCGAGAAAGGAUCGCAACAAAUGUUUCAACUAGGAAAGCUCUUGCGUCCACGCUACUAUCGGCUUUUACCUCCCAAUGGGCUGUACUCGAAAGAGCACAUGACGAUCACCAGCAGCUACGCCGAGCGGUGUAUCAUGAGUGCUCAAAGUUUUAUUGCCGGAUUUCUGCCUCCGCUUGAAAAUACUAACCCCCUACCUAUACCAUGGCAGCCAGCCGCCGUCAAUGUGUUGCCGCGAGAUCGCGAUACGAUACUAGCCCAAGGACAGCCCUGCCCGAGGUACGAACAGUCGAAAAAACGACUCCUCACGUAUCCCCCAAAGGAUAUACGGGAGCUGUACGAAAAGAAUGCAGCCCUAUUUCGCACGCUAAGCCAGGGAACUGGACAGAACGUCAGCACUAUCCUCGACGUAGAGUUCCUGUACAACACGUUGGAGAUAGAAAAGGCGGCCGGACUGGAGCUACCGGAUUGGACGGAUGGGAUUUUUCCGCAGAAAAUGCUCCCGAUCGCUGAGCGAAGCCUAUCACUCAUCACCGAACUGCCGCUGAUGAAAAAGAUCAAGGGUGGGGCUAUUGUUGGGGAGCUGUUGGAAAACGCUGUCCGCCGUCGGGCUGGCAUACUGGUACCGGAGCGGAACAUUUUCAUCUACUCGGGACACGACGUUACGCUGGUGAACCUGAUGCGCGCACUGAAUGUAAUCGAUCAGACGACUGGAAAGCCUGAUUUUUCCGCCACGAUCGUCUUCGAGCUGCAUCACAGCAUAACCUUCGACGAUGACUUCGAGGUGAAGAUUGUAUACUUUUUCAACAGUGACGACAAGUAUCCGAAGGAAAUCGAAAUCCCCAAUUGCGAGAGCCCUUGCUCAUUGACCAAGUUUGAGCAAGUUAUGGAACCGGUACGCCUGAGAAACUACGUUGAAACGUGCCAGCUGGUGUAAUACUACGCUAAACACGCUAUAUCAGGACAGGGUUAUGCUAAAAAAAAGACAAUCUCGUUAGAUUUAUUCUGUACAAAUCAGCAUACUGUUUCAGAGUGGCAUGUUUGCCCACCUGUUGAGUUAUAUUUCGUUGUUAUUGUUGUAAAUAAAAGAUAUCCAC